AUGUCCAAGAUCGCUGUGAUCGUUUUCUCCCUCUACGGCCACGUUGCACAGCUAGCGACGCAGAUCGAAGCUGGAGCGAAAGAAGCCGGUGCUGCUACCGUCGAUGUCUACCAAAUUGAGGAGACUCUUUCCGAACAAGUCCUUGCCAAGAUGCACGCCAACAAGGAACCUAUCAAGAACUACCCCGUAAUUACUCCCGAAAAGCUCGUUGAAUACGACGGCUUCAUCUUCGGCUUUCCCACCCGUUACGGCCGCGCCCCGGCACAGGUCUCUGCAUUCUUUGACAAGACUGGUGGCCUUUGGGCUUCCGGUGCUCUGAUUGGCAAAUUCGCCUCUACCUUCACCUCCACCGCUUCCCAGCACGGCGGCAAUGAGACUACACACCUCACUACCAUCCCCUUCUUUGUCCACCACGGCAUCAAUUACGUCCCUCACGGAUACCGAAGUUCUCCCGAUCAGUCCAACUUGACCGAGAUCCACGGUGCUAGCGCUUACGGUCCCGGCACGAUUGCAGGCGGUGAUGGUAGCCGCCAACCUCCUGAGCUCGACCUUAAAAUCGCCAAGGCUCACGGCAAAUAUUUCACUGAGGUCGUUAACACCUAUGUCCGCGGCAAGAACGCUGCUUAA